AUGGAUAGUGUAUCCCGCUAACCACUACAUCUGGAUACACGAUUAAUUAAAAUAUUCGUAUCUACUUGGUGAAAAUUGCGCAUGCGUCUUGUUGAGACCACGUGUAUAUGAAAUAAACAUCGGUGCAUGUAGCUUAAAAGAACUGGAAGGUUUAUACGAUCAAAUAUUCCUUUAAUAUAUUACAAAAAAUGUCAGAAGUAGAUCAAAUGGAAGAUAAUGAGAUAGAAGAUGAUUGUGUAAGCAGUAGUGAUCAAAGCGAUGAUAGUAUGGUUGAGGAUAAAACAAAGACAAAAAAAGUGUUUCUACCAGGAACAAAGAUGGAAUCGGGAGAAGAACUAGUUAUGGAUGAAUCGGCUUAUCGUAUUUUUCAUCAAGCACAAACAGGUGCACCGUGCCUUAGUUUUGAUAUUAUUAAAGAUGAUCUUGGAAAUUCAAGGGAAACAUAUCCUUUGACAAUGUAUCUUGUAACUGGUACACAAGCUACAAAAGCACAUGUAAAUAAUUUACUUGUAAUCAAAAUGUCUAAUCUUCAUGGAACAAAGAUAAAAGAUAACUCUGAAGAUGAAUCAAGUGAUUCUGAAGAAGAGGACGAGAUAAAGAGUCCUGCAAUGAGUGUAGCCUCGAUCAAACAUCAAGGAUGUGUUAAUAGAGUAAGAUGUACUCAAAUUGGGAGUACUGUUCUUGCUGCAAGUUGGAGUGAAUUAGGCCGUGUAACAUUAUGGGAUUUAAAGGAACAAUUAAAAGCUGUAGAAAGUUCUGCUUAUUUAUCUACAUAUCAAAAAACUCAUCAAAAAUCUGAAAAUGCUGUAAAGCCUGUUUUUACUUUUAAAGGACAUUUAAGUGAAGGUUAUGGUUUAGAUUGGUGUACAACAGAAAUAGGUACAUUAGCUUCGGGUGAUUGUAAAGGUAAUAUUCAUAUUUGGCGCUACAGUGAUUCUGGAGGAAGUCAAACUUGGCACAUUGAUCAAAGACCAUAUAAUUCUCAUGCGCCACACAGUGUUGAAGAUCUUCAAUGGUCACCUAAUGAGAGACACGUAUUAGCAUCUUGCUCUGUAGAUAAAAGUAUAAAGAUUUGGGAUACCAGAGUAAACCCUCAAUCUUCCUGCAUGCUAACUGCUACAGACGCUCAUUCCACAGAUGUUAAUGUUAUAUCUUGGAAUAAAAAAGAAACACAAUUUCUACUUUCUGGUGGUGAUGAUGGAAUAAUACGUGUAUGGGAUUUACGUCAAUUAAGCACGGAUGGGGCAUCUCCAGUGGCAACUUUUAAGCAGCAUCUGGCACCAGUAACAUCAGUUGAAUGGCAUCCUGAUGAACCAACAGUUUUUGCUUCUAGUGGAGCUGAUAAUCAAAUCACACAAUGGGAUUUAUCUGUUGAAGCUGAUCAGUGUGAAGAAAAUGAAGAUGAUAAUUUAGCAAAAUUACCACCUCAAUUACUUUUUAUUCAUCAAGGACAAACUGAUGUAAAGGAAUUGCAUUGGCAUCCCCAAUGUCCAGGUACAAUUGUGUCUACUGCACUUUCUGGUUUCAACAUAUUUCGAACCAUUAGUGUUUAAUAUAUUAUGUAUAUUAUAAAAUUAAUAAA